AUGAUUCCAAUCGACACCUUCAGUUACUUUCAGCCAUCGUCUGAGGGAGCAGAGAAUCUACUGACAAGCUUCGAGAUUCGCCAUGGAUACACCUACCCAUCGAGUGUGACCGUGGCUGAGGGCGAGCUGAUCCAUCUGCGGCUACUGGUACCGAUGCAGACCGGUGAUCGUUGCCUCUACCGCGAACCCGGUUCACCAAGCGAUAUCGAUGUGCACGGCGAAGAAGGCCAGCGCAUGCAGCAGCUGCCCGAUGAAGAGAACAACCAGACCGUCAUCAAUGAUCCGUAUGUGAACGGGAACGAGUGUGGCAUUCGCGUUAGUCCUGUCCAGAAGCGAGAUGCCGGCUUUUGGCGGCUAACACUAGUGCGAGGACAGGAGCGGAUCCGGGGAGUUACGAUGGUGGACGUGAUCGAGCGACCGAUCCUACCAGAGGCAAGUGAUGGAAGUGUCGGUUCGCUGGAAGACAUAAGUCCGGAUCGGACGGAGUAUUGCUAUGUGCAACGGCUAGACGGGGCCAGCGAGGGAUUGAAUGUUCCCAUGCAUGAACGGUGCUCCGUUCCACUGAAGGAAACCGAUCCGACCGGCGCCGGUAUGUGGCGUGUUGUGGCUGGAGUCCAGGGACAGAUGCGCGAAAUUUCGUACGGAAUUCACAUCGAAAACAAAGAGGAACAAAUCUUCCCAUCAGUACACAAGGAAACGGACUAUCAUGUACUUUCCUGCCAUCUGCGCUACACCCGCUUGAUGCUGAAAUUCUGUCGCUUCAUCCGGCUAGCAGACAACCUGGGCUUGAAUGUGAUGCCCGGACUCGGUACGACACGGUACGGUUACACUGGUGCCGGUUUCGAGCGGAACGAGUGUGGUUUGGAAAUUCACGAACCGGACGGCCUGGACAAGGGUCUCUGGAAGUGUGUGCUUGGUUACGGCGAUGCGGAACUAACGAAGGUCUCCGGUGCCAUACUGGACAACUCGGACACUGUCCUCCCGUUAGCGAUCAUCGAACGGGAAGCAACGGUAACGGCACAAAACCGAACGCUCACAAUGCUACAGUGCAACGUGAACAAACCCAUCGAUUACUGUUGGUUCCGCGGACCGCACGGACAGUUCUACUCACUGUCGGAAGCCCUUGCCCCAGAAGGCAACACUGGCCACUGGUACAGCGGGAUCUCUCUAGCGAUGGGUGACUGCGGGAUUACGCUCGAAUCGAUCUCCGAUCUCGAACAUGCCGGCCUAUGGCACUGUUACGCAGGCAAUGGACGCAUAUCGGCAGUGGAAGUGUCGACCACGUUCACGGUUCGCAUCUCCGAGUCGCAGAUGAUCAGUGUGGCCGACAAGGUCGAAGUGCGACCGGAGUUUCCGGCCGUACUGGGCUGUGAUUCGAUCCCGAAAGGAACUCCGCUACAGUACUGUCGCUUCGUGACGCCAACGGGGGAAGCAUUCAGUUUAAAUGAAAACGUAACCAACGAGCGGCCCAUUCUGGAGCGAUACUACACGAAUCCUAACCAUGAUCUGACCAAAGGUUCCUGUUCGCUGGUGAUCGCUAGCGUUAGACCGGAUGACGUUGGGGAAUGGAUUUGUGCGGGUAAAAUCGAAGGCCAUCCAACGGAACACAUUGCCACCAUGGAACUGGUGGACCCACCGGACGACAGUGCACAGGAGGGCGACGGUCGCUCUACCCUGUCGGCGGCUUCUAUCAGUGGCAUGGUUAUAGGUUCCAUUGCCAUCGUCGUCACUGCGUUCGGUGUCGGUUGGUGGCGGUACAGGAAGCGAUUGCACGAAGAAGUGGCCAACGUUAACCAAGAGCUGCAAAUGCGGUCGCUGCAAAUCGGUGAAACCAUCAGUGUGAUCAGUUCGGAUAGUAGCGGCAGUAGCCGGGCCAGUCAUCAGAGUUUCCGGCUAGCACAUUAG